AUGUUUCUGAAGAGAUGGGUUGUUGACAUUCAGAGGAUGAAUGAGGACCUGAACUACCUGUUCAGCCCCCUCCUCCUUACCAACUAUGAGGUUGUCUCUAUGCCGUCCAGAUGUCCGUCCACACAUUGCAUACCCUGUUCUUCUCACUUCCUCAAAGAGCCAACACUGUCUAUACCACCUCUUUCUGCCCCCUCUCUUCCCUCUCUCUUCCCUCUUUCUGCCUCUCUAUCUUCCCUUUUUCUGCCUCUCUUUCUUCCCUUUUUCUUCCCACUUUCUUCCUUCUUUCUGCUUAUCAUUCCUCUUCUCUGCCUCUUUCUUCCCUCUUUCUGCCUCUCUUUCUUCCCUUUCUUCCCUCUUUCUGCCUCUCUUUCUUCCCUUUCUUCCCUCUUUCUGCCUCUCUUUCUUCCCUUUCUUCCCUCUUUCUGCCUCUCUUUCUUCCCUUUCUUCCCUCUUUCUGCCUCUCUUUCUUCCCUUUCUUCUCUCUUUCUUCCCUAUUUCUGCCUCUCUUCCCUCUUUCUGCCUCUCUUUCUUCCCUUUCUUCCCUCUUUCUGCCUCUCUUUCUUCCCUUUCUUCCCUCUUUCUGCCUCUUUCUUCCCUUUCUUCCCUCUUUCUGCCUCUCUUUCUUCCCUUUCUUCCCUCUUUCUGCCUCUCUUUCUUCCCUUUCUUCCCUCUUUCUGCCUCUCUUUCUUCCCUUUCUUCCCUCUUUCUGCCUCUCUUUCUUCCCUUUCUUCCCUCUUUCUGCCUCUCUUUCUUCCCUCUCUUCCCUCUUUCUGCCUCUCUUUCUUCCCUCUUUCUGCCUCUCUUUCUUCCCUAUUUCUGCCUCUCUUCCCUCUUUCUGCCUCUCUUUCUUCCCUUUCUUCCCUCUUUCUGCCUCUCUUUCUUCCCUUUCUUCCCUAUUUCUGUCUCUCUUUCUUCCCUCUUUCUGCCUCUCUUUCUUCCCUAUUUCUGCCUCUUUCUUCCCACUUUCUACCUCUCUUUCUUCCCUUUUUCUUCCCUCUUUCUGCCUCUCUUUCUUCCCUUUCUUCCCUCUUUCUGUCUCUCUUUCUUCCCCCUUUCUGCCUCUCUUUCUUCCCUCUUUCUGCCUCUCUCUUCCCUUUUUCUUCCCACUUUCUUACCUUCUUCUUCCCACUUUCUGCUUCUCUUUCCUCUUCUCUGCCUCUUUCUUCCCACUUUCUGCCUCUCUUUCUUCCCUUUCUUCCCUCUUUCUGCCUCUCUUUCUUCCCUUUCUUCCCUCUUUCUGCCUCUCUUUCUUCCCUUUCUUCCCUCUUUCUGUCUCUCUUUCUUCCCCCUUUCUGCCUCUCUUUCUUCCCCCUUUCUGCCUCUCUUUCUUCCCUCUUUCUGCCUCUCUUUCUUCCUUCUUUCUGCUUAUCUUUCCUCUUCUCUGCCUCUUUCUUCCCUCUUUCUGCCUCUCUUUCUUCCCUUUCUUCCCUCUUUCUGCCUCUCUUUCUUCCCUUUCUUCCCUCUUUCUGUCUCUCUUUCUUCCCUCUUUCUGCCUCUCUUCCCUCUUUCUGCCUCUCUUUCUUCCCUUUUUCUUCCCACUUUCUUCCCUCUUUCUGCUUCUCUUUCCUCUUCUCUGCCUCUUUCUUCCCUCUUUCUUCCUCUUUAUUCCCUUCUUCUUCCCACUUUCUGCUUCUCUUUCCUCUUCUCUGCCUCUUUCUUCCCACUUUCUGCCUCUCUUUCUUCCCUUUCUUCCCUCUUUCUGCCUCUCUUCCCUCUUUCUUCCCCCUCUUCCCUCUUUCUUCCCCCUCUUCCCCCUCUUCCCUCUUUCUUCCCCCUCUUCCCUCUUUCUUCCCCCUCUUCCCCCUUUCUUUCCUCUUUCUGCCUCUCUUCCCUCUUUCUUCCCCCUCUUCCCUAUUUCUUUCCUCUUUCUGCCUCUCUUCCCUCUUUCUUCCCUCUUUCUGCCUCUCUCUUCCCUCUUUCUUCCCCCUCUUCCCUCUUUCUUCCCCCUCUUCCCCCUCUUCCCUCUUUCUUCCCCCUCUUCCCCCUUUCUUCCCCCUCUUCCCUAUUUCUUCCCUCUUUCCGCCUCUCUCUUCCCUCUUUCUUCCCCCUCUCCCCUAUUUCUUCCCUCAUUCUGCCUCUCUCUUUCUUCCCUCUCUUUCUUCCCUCUUUCUGCCUCUCUCUUCCCUCUUUAUUCCCUCUCUUCCCUAUUUCUUCCCUCAUUCUGCCUCUCUCUUUCUUCCCUCUCUUUUUUCUCUCUUUCUUCCCUCUUUCUACCUAUUUUUUCUCUGAAAAUAACCAGUGUUCUUUGGAUCCUCUCAUCAAUGUAUUGUGUUGACAUUAAUUGUGCAGUGCACUGACCACACAGAAGCUGUGGGUUUGGACAAUGUCUUCAAAAAGGUCCCAUGAGUGAAAUGACCAGAAAAUAUACAUGCAGAGGUCAAACGUGGGUGAGGGAGUAAUUUGAAUCAUUUAUGUCUAAGAAGUUAGGGUUUCUAUUCAGAGCACCACUAUGAGAAACAAUAUGCAGGUGUGCUUUCAGUUCUGUACAAUCAUGAAAAUAACCAGAGUUCUUUGAAUUCCACUCGUUAAUUAUUGUAUAUUGUGUAAGGUUUUGGAUAUCAGCGUUGUGCCAUAUAGACUAUUUUAAUGUUUUAUAUCCUCAUAUAUUCAGCAGUCAUGGAGGUGUAGGUGGACAGUGUGUGUUAGUGGUAGCAGCCCUCACACAGCACAGAGGAAGUGUAGAAGACCGUAGAUCAUGUGAGUAAAUGAGGGACCACAAUCCCAUGGAUGGACCAAUGACUCUUUGUAUAAAAACUGAGGUGAAAACUAAGAGAGAUGGUCAGUACAAACAGCGUAAUAAAAGGUUUUAGACAGGUUAUUUUGAAGGAACAAUUUUUACAACGUCCCAUUGUAGAAAAAUUAUGGAAAAAUCCUUUUUCAUCUUUUAAGAGAGGAUGUGGCAUUGAGGUAUAUUUCAACCUGGUUGCACAGGUUUCCACAUUAAACAUUUAUACCAACAUGCUUUUCACUGAGCCUUACAGUGCCUGGCAGAAACAAACUACUCUAGAAUGAUGUCAUAUUUAUCCUGCAAUUUACUGGGCCUUUUUCUGGGCUGUUUGUGUACAUUUCAGACAUUCUGUUUGCGUGUUCUCAUUCUUUUCCCUUUCCCUUAUUUUUUAGGAGGCGUACAGUCACACCUGUUUAGUAAAAACAAGACGGUCAUUAAUGAACCUAAUGGGUCUUGUUUGGAACACAGAGAAGGUUGAGUUUGUUCCACCUGACUGUGAAAGCUCUCUCUACCACUCUUCAUCAUCAUCAUCUCUCUCCCCAGAGCAACAGCCCUAUCCAUUUAUAUUACACCUGUCAGUGGACUGGACUGUUGUGUAUAGAGGUUUUGUGUUAGUUUGCCUGAGUGUAUGUUUUCUACAUAUAUAUGUAUUCCCGUGUGGCACAGCAGUGGUGGAAGAAAUACCCAAUUGUCAUACUUGAGUAAAAGUAAAGAUAGUUGAACAGAAAAUGACUGAAGUAAAAAUGAGUCCCCCAGUAAAAUACUACUUGAGUAAAAGUCUUAAAGUGUUUGGUUUUGAAUAUACUUAAGUAUCAAAAGUAAAUGUAAUUGCUAAAUAUAUUUAAGUAUCAAAAGGAAAAGUAUAAAUCUUUUAGAAUUCCUUAUGUAAAAUAAACCAGACUGCACCAUUUUCUUAGAUUUGUUUAAUUGACGGAUAGCCAGGGGCACGCUCCAACACUCAGACAUCAUUUACAAAUGAAGCGUGUGUUUAGUGAGUCAGGGAUGUUCUCUGUUUAGUGAGUCUGCCAGAUCAGAGGCAGUAGGGAUGACCAGGGAUGUUCUCUGUUUAGUGAGUCCUCCAGAUCAGAGGCAGUAGGGAUGACCUGGGAUGUUCUCUUUUUAGUGAGUCCUCCAGAUCAGAGGCAGUAGGGAUGACCAGGGAUGUUCUCUGUUUAGUGAGUCUGCCAGAUCAGAGGCAGUAGGGAUGACCAGGGAUGUUCUCUGUUUAGUGAGUCCUCCAGAUCAGAGGCAGUAGGGAUGACCAGGGAUGUUCUCUGUUUAGUGAGUCCUCCAGAUCAGAGGCCGUAGGGAUGACCUGGGAUGUUCUCUUUUUAGUGAGUCCUCCAGAUCAGAGGCAGUAGGGAUGACCAGGGAUGUUCUCUUUUUAGUGAGUCCUCCAGAUCAGAGGCAGUAGGGAUGACCUGGGAUGUUCUCUUUUUAGUGAGUCCUCCAGAUCAGAGGCAGUAGGGAUGACCUGGGAUGUUCUCUGUUUAGUGAGUCCUCCAGAUCAGAGGCAGUAGGGAUGACCUGGGAUGUUCUCUUUUUAGUGAGUCCUCCAGAUCAGAGGCCGUAGGGAUGACCUGGGAUGUUCUCUGUUUAGUGAGUCCUCCAGAUCAGAGGCAGUAGGGAUGACCUGGGAUGUUCUCUGUUUAGUGAGUCUGCCAGACCAGAGGCAGUAGGGAUGACCAGGGAUGUUCUCUGUUUAGUGAGUCUGCCAGAUCAGAGGCCGUAGGGAUGACCUGGGAUGUUCUCUGUUUAGUGAGUCCUCCAGAUCAGAGGCAGUAGGGAUGACCUGGGAUGUUCUCUGUUUAGUGAGUCUGCCAGAUCAGAGGCAGUAGGGAUGACCUGGGAUGUUCUCUGUUUAGUGAGUCUGCCAGAUCAGAGGCAGUAGGGAUGACCUGGGAUGUUCUCUGUUUAGUGAGUCUGCCAGAUCAGAGGCAGUAGGGAUGACCUGGGAUGUUCUCUGUUUAGUGAGUCUGCCAGAUCAGAGGCAGUAGGGAUGACCUGGGAUGUUCUCUUGAUAGGUUUGUGAAUUAGACCUUUUUUAUGUCCUACUGCCCCUUCCCUACCAUCUAAACCAGGCUUCCCCAACUGAAGGCCCACAAUACAAAUUUAGCCCGCGGGUGGUUUUAUUUGCCCCCCCCCCCAGUUUUCUGAGCAACAUUAUGCAUUACAUUUUUUAUUGUUAGACAUAAAAGACUAUAAAAACACCAGAAAAUCAUCUCCAAGUGAUUUCCAUGCAUAAUAGAGAGACACAAUAUUAUAUCUGUUUUGUCUUCUUGUGGUCAAUUUGCAGUUUACAAAUGAUUUAUAAUUAUGUUCCAGCCCCCCGGCCAUCUGCUCAAGAAAACAUCGGUCCACGGCUGAAUCUAGUUGAUGAUCCCUGAUCUAAACCAUGAUCUCACACUUAUCACCUCUUUGAAGCAUUGUCUUAUACCGCUCAUCACACACAAAUCACAUUGCCAUGUUAAUAUACUGGCUGGCAGCAAUCCAGCUGAUCAGCAACCUGAUGUGGACUGUCUUUGGAUGGGCAGAGGUGGACCUGACUGCCUGUCCAGAGAGAGAGGGAGAAAUGGGGCAGGUGCUUCGGUGCAGCAACGGCCAAUUGCAGGGUAGAGGGCAGGGCUGGUCAGGGGGAGGGUAUCAAAACCAGAAUCGUAUUUAAGGCGUGGGCAAACACUGGAGAUGUCUACUUGUGCUGUGCCCCUGUCCAGUCGGCCAGUUUCUCUCUCUCUCUCCUUGUCUUUCUGUCUGUCUGCCUGUUUUUCUCUCUGCCGGACCAGGUCUCCUCCACCAUGCUGGUAAAAACGUUCCUUCAGACCUCGCUGGUCCUAUGGCUGGCACAGCACACACUACAAGGAGGAGUGAAACCUCAAAGUGGCGGUAUGGGGAAAAUGCUACCCAGGGGGGCUGGUGCUCUUGGGAUACAGGGAGGCUACGGAGCCAAGCCCGCCAAAACCGGAGGAGCUGGGGGUGGUCAUUAUCCAGGGGGGGCUCAGCAGCUUGGAGGAGGUG